UUAUCUCUCUCCGGUGCGCCUAUACCGCUAUCGUCUGUGCUUCACAUCACCAUCAACCUGCACCCGCUGUUGAAGAGAGGAAGCGCAACAAAGGGGCCUAAUUUAAAUUGACAAAAAUAUCCUUCAAACCGAGACUGGUCUCCCUAAAUCAGACGUUCUUCCGCGACGGAAACAUAUGGCUCAGUAAAUUCGCCGUUGCUUUGAAAAACACCGGUCUUCAGUCUGUUUAUGUAAGCGGGACAGAUGUGUACACCAGGAUACGUUUUAUGGUAAUCGGAAUUGAGGAAAUUAUCAAUAGAGAUUGAUAUAUUUGUAAUUCGGCGUUUCGAGUUUUGGUCUGCUUCAUUGCUGAAUCCUCAACGUACUUGUUUAUCCCUGCACACAGGUCCUUGUAGUUUUAAAGAUCUUACAUUGAACAGAUCUUAGCAAGUAAAGUUGGAAUCACUGUGACUAUCGAAGAUGUCCGGGGACGCAGUUCAAAUACCGGACGACCGAGCUUUCAUCAAUUUCAAAAAUGAAUGUAAUUCGGAGGAAGGAUGGAACUUGAACUACAACAAGUCUGGAAUAACUAUAUGGAUUCAAAUUUUAGAAGAGGAGAAAGCAUUGCAUAAAAUAAAGUGUCGGAUCGUGUGCAAGGACGUCUCCGCGGAGACCAUGUACGACGUCCUCCACGACAUCGAGUACCGGAAGAAAUGGGACGCCAACGUGAUCGAGACCUUCGACAUCGGCAAGCUGACGGUCAACGCGGACGUGGGGUAUUACUCGUGGAAGUGUCCAAAACCAUUGAAGAACCGUGAUGUCAUCACUCUGCGCUCCUGGCUGCCCAUGGGAAGUGAUUACAUCAUCAUGAACUACUCUGUCAAACAUACUAAAUACCCUCCUAAGAAGGACAUGGUCCGAGCUGUGUCCAUCCAGACAGGGUACCUGAUCCAGAGCAAUGGACCCACCAGUUGUACCCUCACUUACCUGGCACAGGUGGACCCACGAGGUUCAUUACCCAAGUGGGUCGUCAACAAGUCUUCCCAGUUUCUGGCUCCGAAAGCAAUGAAGAAGAUCAACAAAGCGUGCCUGAAGUAUCGGGAGUGGAAGCAGAGGCAUAAUCCCGGGUACAAGCCCUGGCUGUACCCCGAGCAGAACACCCUCUCCAGCAUUCCCAUGUCUGAGCUCAGCAUCCAGCACGCCGACUCCCUGGAGAACAUCGAUGAGAGCGGACUGAGCGAGGCCAGGGAGGAGAGGGGGGAGUGCAGCGAUGAGGAGGCCAACUGAACGCAGCCCCAAAUAAUACAAUAACCGCCACACACUGACAUACGCGCGUGCACACACACAGACGUACGCUCGCACGCACUCACACACACACAUACACUCUCGCGCGCACACACAAGCAAUCGUGUUCUUACACUCACGCUCACACACAAGCACGCGCUCACACGUGCGUGCUCAUGUACAUGCAUACAUGCUCGUGCACACACUAUCACACUCGUACAUGAACACACUUGCACACAUUUUUACAAUCUCACGCAAAUGCACACGCACAUGACAGAGCAGCUCAUUAUCUUCCACAUGCAACUAAUCACAGCAAAGCUCACUGUCUCUUACACUCAAAGGAUUCUGAGUAACAGAGGAUGUUCUGUAUUUACACACAGGCACAUACUCUUAAUGCAGAAUAACUGAGACCUUGCCAUAUAAAUACUGCUGUGCAUUCAUACAAAUUUGGUGUGAAGAUAAAGUAAAUCCAGGGCACUCAUUAGGUUUCUGACUCCCUGCUAGCAUUGGUCUAAAAAUAUAUUUUGCUCUUAUUGGGUACUAUAUUAAAAUACAGACGCACAGACACCUUUCCCUAAGGCGUGUGAUCAUGCAUACUGAAACAGAAAUCCACAUCACACGUUACCAUAUGACCCAUUUCCCUCCCCUUUCCCGAGACCAGGCGUGUUUUUGUCACCAUUCACAUUCCAAAAAAAGGUUCUGGAAAAAGCUGCCUUUGAAAAGGACUCCGGAUAGAUCAAUUAUACGGCCCACACAACAACUGAAAUGCUGCGAUCUUUUGUGUUCACUUCCAUAAUCCAUAAGCUUAUGAAUCAUUGCAGUUUAAUUAGCCUUUAAAUAUCUAGGCAAAUAGACUCAGUGGUCCCCCAAAGGCCCAGCUUAUUCUCGGUUCCACUGGCCCUUUUUGUGCUCAUGUCGUUGAGAGAUUUGGGGGCUAACGGGUAUUGUGAGAAACACUUUACACCCCGGGGUGCGGAACGUGUGGUUCUCGUACAACCCAAGUCUGCUUUCUGUGAUUUAGAAUUGUAUGAAUGUAUGUAGAGGGAUACAAAUAAUACAGAUUUCUCUGAAAGUUU